CACGUGAUCUGUUAUUAAACGCCACAGGGGCGUGGCUCUGAUUUCCAACGUGCUAGUAUGUUAUGACACCGCUCUUCAGUGCGAACGAGUGAAAUCGUAACGAUGUCUCUGUACCGAAACACAAUCUGGCUCCUGAAGGGUCUACAGGAAUAUACGAAGGGCGGUUAUGAGGCAGCGGCGAGGCGCUUCAACGAGGCGGAUCUGGAGGUGAAUGUGAGCGGUCGCUCGUUCAUCAUCACCGGAGCGAACAGCGGCAUCGGUAAAGCCACCGCCUGCGAAAUCGCCAAAAGAGGUGGGACAGUACAUCUGGUGUGCAGAAACGAAGAUCGUGCAAAGGAAGCAAAAAACGACAUUGUGGAGCAAAGUAAAAAUGAGAAUGUCCAUGUUCACCUAGUUGACAUGUCCAACCCCAAGAAAGUGUGGGAGUUUGCUAGUGGAUUCUCUCAGAAUCACAAUCUACAUGUUCUGAUCAAUAAUGCGGGUUGCAUGGUCAAUCAGAGAGAACUGACUGAGGAUGGCCUGGAGAAAAACUUUGCGACAAACACACUAGGGACAUAUAUACUGACAACAGCACUGAUUCCCACACUGAAGAAGUCAGAGAAUCCUAGAGUGAUUACUGUGUCAUCUGGUGGGAUGUUGGUUCAGAAGUUAAAUAUAGAGGACCUUCAGUUUGAGAAAGGCUCUUUUGAUGGCACCAUGGCCUAUGCACAAAACAAGAGGCAACAGGUGAUCAUGACAGAACAAUGGGCAGCUCAGCACAAAGAAAUCCACUUCUCAUCCAUGCACCCAGGCUGGGCAGACACCCCAGCUGUGAGGUCAUCAAUGCCAGAUUUUUAUGAGAAAAUGAAGAAUAAACUCCGUACUGAAGCGCAAGGUGCCGACACAGUGGUGUGGCUGGCCAUAUCAGAUGUCGCCAGCAGACAGCCCAGUGGCCUCUUCUUCCAAGACAGAAAAGCAGUUUCUAUGCAUCUGCCUCUGGCCUUCUCCAGAUCUUCUUCAGCUGAAGACCAGCAGCUCAUGAGCAAACUGGAGGAGCUCACUGUGAAAUUCAAGUGUUAAACGGUUGGGUUAGUGGCCAAAUCCACAGAAGCCUUCAUUGUGUAAUAUUGAAUACUCAUGAAUACUAUAACAAAACAACCUUAAAUGUUUACAAUAUUUCAAACCUAAUGUACACACUCCUAAAAAUGUUUGUUAUACUAGUUUGAGGCAAGAACUAGUAUAUCAACAACUAGUACAUCGACUUCUGCAAUGGCAGUUUUUAUGAGUUUCUCAACUUGCAAGGCAAGGCAAGGCAAGUUUAUUUAUAUAGCACAUUUCAUACGCAAAGGUAAUUCAAAGUGCUUUACAUAAAAGGCAGUAGAAUAAUCAUAAAAACAAAAAUCACAACAAUAAAACAAAAAAAAUUAAAAACUUUUAAAAUUAUUUAAAAUUUGAUUUAAAAUAAAUUUAAGGCCAUUAAAAAAUGGAAAAAGGUUAUACACUAGUGCAAUCAGUUCGGACGUAGCACAGUGCUCAUUCAGUAAAUGCACAGCUAAACAGAUGAGUUUUGAGUCUAGAUUUAAAUGUAGCUAAUGUUUUAGCACAUUUGAUCUCUUCUGGAAGCUGAUUCCAACUUUGCCUUGUUUUGUGUGAACCCAGUCUUACCUCUAACAUGAAUGUUAAAGCUGCUGAAGCUAAAUAAAUAGAACAACCACAAAGAUUUGAUUUUGUAUGCUUGAUGAAUAAGACAACUGUUGCUGCAUGAAAAUAACAGGUUAUUUUAUUCAUAAAUUUAAAUAUGCUAUACUAAAACAACAGCAACAAAUGAACUGACAUCAAGACCAGUGUUGGGGGUAGUGCAUUACAAGUUACGCAAUUAGAGUUACGUAAUCAGAUUACUUUUUUCAAGUAACUUGUAACGCAUUAAUUUUUGAUUUACAGGAACAUAUUUGAGUUACUUUUUCAAAUAAGUAACGAACGACAGUUACUUUGUUUUCCAUUUAUUGAGCUGACAGCUUUGGGGGUAGUGCAUUACAAGUAACACGAGUUAUGUAAUCGGAUUACUUUUUUCAAGUAACUAGUAAAGUAACGCAUUACUUUUUAAUUAGAUUUUUAAUUUGAUUAUAAAAGAAAUAUCAUUUAUAUGUUUAAUCCCAUUUUAUUAACCAAUGUCUUUGCUGCUGACCUGCGAUGAUCCAAUUCAACCAUACAAGCACAAAAGCAAAAAUGACUUUAGUUAAACAUCACAUUUUUGUUUCAUUGCUGAAAUAAGUGUUGGGCCUUUUUCUCCUGCAUUCUAUUCUUCAUGCAAUUUGUUUGAUCUGCGGCCUCUACUGUACAGACAUGAAUUUACAUUUCCUUCAUCCUUUCACUUUUGGGCUUUUACAUUUGCCAAAAAUAGAAUUUGGUAUAUUAAAAAAUAUACAAAAAAUAUAUAUUCUAUAUAUAUAUAUAUAUAUAUAAAUAUACAAAAAUAUAUAUUCUCAACAGCUGUCUGAAAACAUGCUCUGCAGCACUACCAGUAACUUGUAUUCCAAUUAAACAAUAAAUGUGAAGAUAAAUAAAUAUGAAGAAAUAUUAUAGAGCUGCUUCUUAUACACAGUUGAUUUUACUAGCUCAUUAUUAACUAAAAAUGACUGUUUUUUUUUUUUUUUAAUUUUUUUUUUUUUGUCAUUUUGUUGCAACUGACGUGAUUCUUAAUUAAAUAUAAUAUUAAUAUUAAUUGAACAAUUAAUCUCUUUGUCUCAGCAUUUUAGGAAAUUAUUUUGUUUGCAUUUUUAUUAACAUCUAUUUUCUGACUUUUUUCUGAACAAUUGAUAAAAUUCAAAUUGGCAGUUGGUAGACUUAAACCAAAGGGUUUUAAAAUUGUUUAUAUUUAUAGAAUUAAAGAGCCAUGACAAACAGUAAAAGAAUCCCAGUGUUGCUUCAGUCACAAAAACAAGACUUUUAAUUCAAAACGCAUAAAGACUUAUGUCCAGUUAUCAUCAUUUACACUACUGUUCUAAGGUCUGGGGUCAGUAAGAUUUUUUUUUUCUUGAAAGAAAGUAAUACUUUUAUUCAGCAAGGAUCCGUAAAUGUUACAACAGAAUAGUAAAUGCUGUUUCUUCAUCAAAGAAUCCUGCUAAAUUUUUUGAAUUCCACAAAAAUAUAAAGCAGCACUUAUUAUUUUCAUUACAUGACAUUCAUUACAUAUGCUUUUUUGAACACUAGAUCAUCAUAUUAGGAUGAUUUCUGAAGGAUCAUAUGACACUGAAGACUGAAAUAAUGGCUGCUGAAAAUUCAGCUUUGCUUUCAAAGGAAUACAUUUAAAUAUACUCAAAUAGAAAACAGUUCUUUUACAUUUUUACUGUAUUUCUGAUCAAAUAAAAACAAAUUGUUUAAAUUGCUUCUUUCAAAAACACAAAAAAAUCUUGCUGAUCCCAAACCUUUAAAUAGCAGUGUACUUUAAAACUUUAGUCAGAUUGGUCCUUUCUAAAAAGCUAAUAGGCAAUAUAAGCUCCAGAUUUGGAAUUACACAAUUACAAAUUAAACCAUCUUUAUUUUGUGCCAUUCCUGCUGUUUUAUCUAUCUUUACCUGGUGACCAUUCAGCUGUAAUGUUUUAUCCACUGCGGCUUUACAGUGAGCUAUUAAAAUGUUGAAUUUUUGUUUAAACCACCACCAUAAUAUUUUCUGAUCCAAUGAAAAAAUGAAAUACUGUGACUCUUACUUACAUUAAUGAGAUGUCUAUGAAACAUCAGCUUUAAUAAGAUCAAACACAAUAUUAUUACAAUGAAGCAUUAUUGAAUUUUACCCUGUGUAAACAACAACAUUUGUGAUUAUGUACAUCUUAAAUCUUCCAAAUAAAUUUCCUGGUAAUAAAAUACCAGUAAAACGAA